AGGAGGCGGAAGUGUUAACGCAGGCGGAAGUGGUACAACCCUGAAUUCCCUAAGCAGCGAAACGGAGGACGGAUUGAUACUCCAAGCAUUUAGUGACCAAAAGUAGGAUUCGAAAUAUAUUUAAAUUAUUGACAUGGAUAAGAGUGACCUAGUGCAGAAGGCUAAGCUGGCCGAACAGGCUGAACGCUAUGACGACAUGGCUUCCUCUAUGAAGGCAGUCACUGAAGGUGGAGGUGAGCUGUCCAAUGAGGAACGUAAUCUCCUGUCCGUGGCCUACAAGAACGUGGUGGGCGCUCGCCGCUCCUCCUGGCGUGUCAUCUCCAGCAUUGAGCAGAAGACGGAGGCCAACGAGAAGAAGCAGCAGAUGGCGCGUGAAUACCGUGAGAGAAUUGAGCAUGAGCUGCAGGAAAUCUGCAAUGAUGUGCUGGGUCUUCUUGAGAAGUACCUCAUACCCAAUGCUAGCCAGGCAGAGAGCAAAGUGUUCUACCUGAAAAUGAAGGGAGACUACUACAGAUACUUAUCUGAGGUGGCAUCUGGCGAUGCAAAAAAAUUAACGGUGGACAACUCUCAGAAGGCUUACCAGGAUGCAUUUGAUAUUAGCAAGAAAGAGAUGCAGCCUACACACCCCAUCAGGCUGGGGCUCGCUCUAAACUUUUCUGUGUUUUAUUAUGAAAUCCUAAACACCCCGGAGCAGGCCUGCAGUUUGGCAAAGACGGCUUUUGAUGAAGCGAUCGCUGAGCUCGACACUUUGAAUGAGGACUCCUACAAAGACAGCACCCUGAUAAUGCAGCUACUAAGGGACAACCUUACUCUGUGGACAUCAGAAAACCAGGGUGACGAGGGAGAUGCUGGAGAGGGCGAGAAUUAAAGGCAUUGCACUUCACUGUUUAAAUCCACCCACACUCUUGAUCUUACACAUACAGCCCAUAGUUCCCUACUCCAUCCACUUCACCCUAACUUGCCUUUCUGUAUGACGAGCAGCAUGAAUUGUAUCUGACAUACAAGUCUCUGCCCCUCUGAGAUCAAGGCACAGGGUAAUGUUCAGGUCUUUGAUGGCCGAGAUGUUUUGAACGUGUUUUUCGGAGGGGAGGGGGUGUUUGAAUAUGGGGGUAUUGUCUUAAUACUGCUAAUUUUUUUUUUUUAUAAAGAGAAUUGUUCAUCAGGUAAUGCAUUAUAGGUUCCCCCCCCCCCCCCCACACUCCUAUUGUCUCAGUGGUUUUAUCACAAAAGGUUAUAAAACUGUCCAGUUAAUUUAAUCACUGUGAUGCUUAGUCUGUCCCACCCCCCACCCCACCCAACACUUCUCGAUUAAAUUGGAAAUAGUUUUAUUGGUAUGAGCAGUACAAUUCUGUUGCAACUCAUACAGAAAGGAAGUAAACAGGCUGUAUUGUGACACUGACUAACAUGCAUUACUGUUGUUGUUGUGCAAUGUUUAUAAUUUUUACUUUGCAUGAGUCCAAGAAUGAAAAUAAAAGGGACCUGAGGUCAUUCCAGUUGUUCUAAAAAAAUUUAACCAUGAGCUUCAACAUUCCAUCAGUAAGUAAUAGACUUUCAUGAAACCGGAUUGUCUAUCCUGAUGAACUGUCAAAGGGCAGUUAAGUGGUGCUGUUUAAUGCCAGUAAAAAAAAAAGUCCCUGAACACACACUAUACAGUUGCAUAAGGUGAAAGAUGUCUUGAAUUGAAAUGUAAACCUACUUUAAAAAAAUUAAGCAGUUAAAGCUUCUGAAUAAAUUUAUUUAAUCCUUUCCCACUUCCAAAAAGGGUUCAUGAUCAAUACUUAUUGUCCCCUGUAAUUGAGACGAUGGGAGUAUUUGCGCUGUCUUUCUUGGUCACAGAUACAUUUAGUCCUGGUAUAAAUUAAGUUUCUGGUAACCAUGAGAACAAACCCACUGUGCUUUCAGCUGUUUGAGAGAUUUUGCAAUUGCCAGAAUUUUCUGCUCCAGUUCGGAUGCAAGUUUAAAAAUUCCACUUUAGCUGUUUAAUGGUUGAGGGUACUAUUGCGCUUUAAUGAAACUAGAGGAUUUUUAAGGGGUUAGGCCAGAUCUUCAGUGUCACAAUACCUUGUCAUGUCAUUAACAUUCUACUUAAGUGUAGAACUCCUGUCUCCAAUUGAAGACAUGAUGUUCAUGCACUGAAGUAAAAACAUGUCUCCCCAUAGCUGAACAAACAGCAGUUAUUCUAUGCUUGAGGAAAAAAAAAAUACAGUAGUGAAUAUGGAGCCAAGCCUGUCUGUAUAUCUGGUAUCUCCGAUUGCUUUUGUUUUUACUGACCAGUAUUCUGCCUCCAGUUAGCUUCUGUGAUGGUUUUAUCGCUUUAGCGCGCACGUGGUUGUGAAAAUUUUAGACUAGCUUAAGAAUCCCAAAUAAAAAAAGGAAAAAAAAAAUCGUAGUAGAGCCCUGGUUAUUGAUGUAAUACUAGAUUUGUGUACGUCUUUAAAAGUUCUAGUUUCACCUUACAUGUUAUAAUCAGGAAAAAUGUAAACGACACUUUAAAGUGAAAUAAAAGUUUUAUUGGUUCCAAAUUUGUCUUGGUUGAGUCUUCAUUUGCAUGUGUAUUGAGGAUCAAGUGGCAGUAUUAUGCAUUUAAGUGACUCUUGUAGGUUUCAGUUGUGCACUUAAAAUACCUAGCCUAAAAUUUAUGCCCUUAUUUCUAGUUCAUUAAUUGAGCUCAGUGAUUGUGUAUCAAAGAUUUAAGCCGGCACAAGUUUCAUACGCCCAUGUAAAUAACUGAGGGACAUUUGUGGCAAUGUACUGCAAAUUUUAUUCAUUUUACAAAAUUGAUUUCCCUGAACUUAGAUAGUGAACUUCCAAUAUUUGAAGUUUUAAAUAUCUGAACCUUGGGGGGGGGGGGAAGUACAAACCCCUGCAUUGUGAUGAAAGUAUACAUUAAUUGCAUGACUUCUUGCUGUUUUAUACAAAGACUAGACAAUUGAUGGUAUAUUUCUGACAAGCACUUAUGAUUGGUAUAUGUAGAUUAAUAUUGCUGUAUUGAGGUGCCUGGCCCAAAUACACCCUAUAAACUUAAAGAACAGGAAGCUGAUUCAGUGUACUCACUGGCCACUUUAUUAGGAACACCCAUACACCUGUUAUGCAGGCAAAUCAAGUUAAUGUUCACUUCAACAAUCAGAAUGGGGAAAAAUUGUGAUGAGACUUUCACUGUGGCAUGGGUGUUGGUGCCAGAUGCCCUCGUUUGAGUAUUUCAGGAACUGCUAGGGUUUACACAGCAUGGUGUGAAAAAAGUGACAGUUCUGUGGGUGGGAACACCUUAAGAGGUCAGAGGAAAAUGGCCAGAUUGGUUCAAGCUGCCAGGAAGGAUACAGUAACUUUCCAACCAUGGUGAGCAGAAAACCACAUUAGGUUCCAGUCCUGCCAGCCAAUACCAGGAAUCUUAAACUCAAUAACAAGUUCCUAUUAAAGUGACCAGUGAGUAUUUGGACAUGAAAUUACUUUAUCACCUCAAACAUCCCUCUUUUAAGUAACCAGUCUGAAUGUAUCAAAGGAAUGGUGCACAUUGGAAAACUGGGAUAACUUGGGGCACUUAAGGUAAUGCAAAAGUUAUUUCAUCUUCAGUACUUCUUGUAAUAGCUUCUGUGCAGCAGUGUUGUUGGGCUCUAUUUUGAGCAAGCUAUUAAGAUCCUCCAUGCAAGGUCUCUUGGUCUGUAGAGGAAACAAAUCACAAAUUUAACAAAUUCUAUGCAUUAUAGUAUCUGGUACCACUGGUACUUUUCCACAGUUAACAUUAAAAUGACAGUAUGUAGAGAAUUAUUUUGACACUAGAAGUUCAUCAAAAGCAUAGUGCAUGUUUUAUUUCUAGGGGCAUAGCAAUUAAUAGUUCUGAUUUUGGUACAGUAAUUAUACCAAAAUGUGCUAUUUGGACAAAAUUUUUCAUAAGCCUUUGUUCUUCCAGGGAGAUUACAACAAAUACUAAAUCUGGACUGGGAUAUUCCUCAACCACUUAUGGGUGUGGCUUAGGAAUAUCCAAAAACUUUUGGCAAUAUAGUGCAUGAGUACCAUGUCAGAUUAUAUUGCUAAAGUACAGGGGCGAACAAAUCAGCAACCUGGCCAACUGAGGAUAUUUUCAGGUUAGAUUUUUUUUUUGGGGGGGGGGUUAAUUCCCACCUGGAGAAUUUAAGCACUUAAUUGUCUUCCAUCCCACUUCUGUAUUAAAUUCCCCUUUGAGUUGAAUUGCAUCAGCUACCACUUGACCUAGUUAGUUAGGUUUCCAGACAUGGACAGACUAGUACUGUAACUUGAACACAGUCAGAAAUCAUUUGUCUACCCUGACAAUUAUUUAAUAUAUACACAGAGUACCAGUAAAAAGUUUAGACAUGUUCUGUUUUUCUACAUUGCAAAAAUGCUGGAAACAAACUCGAACAUGAAACUUAACACUACCCCAUUUCAUAUUUUAGAUUCAGUGUAGCCAUCACUUAGCAUGACAGCUCAACUAUUGGCAUUUUCUUCACCAGCUUCAUGAGGUAAUGACCUAGAAUGUGUUAAUUAGCAAAAGUUCUUGCCUUUUUGAUGCCUUGAGACCAUCAAAUAGCCCUCAACAGCUGUACUAAUCCAUAUUACAUCAAGAACUGUGCAGCUAAAGAGAAAUGAGUCCAUCAUGACUUUCAAGUGUCUCAAAAAAAAAAAAACCCUAAGCCCACAGUAUUAGGUGGUAUCUAAACUUGACCGGUACUGUACGUACACAGUCUGGCCCAGUAUAUCUCACUGAGCACAUGAGGUACAACUACUCAUUCAUGCAUUUAGCAGAGCCUAUACAUGUCAGAUCUGCCUUAAUAUCAACAAAUCUUUGACAAAAGGUACGUAAAUCAUAAAUUCAGUGUGUUGAGUGCAGGAUGAGCGUUAAUUCUUGUGCUUGUCUUUAGUAAUAGAUUUGUGAUGUGUAUUAGUUCUCUGACAGAAGCACAUCCAGACUCUAGAGGGUGAGCAGCAUAGUUUCUGUAGGGGGAAAGUCAGGAUGCCUUGGGUAACAUUAGCACUCCCUCAACUCCAGCAUAAGAGUCCUGCCAGCAGGGGAAAAGGGUGAUGACUCAGCAGCAUAAUUGCAGAGCCAAAGCUAAGGCUUGCCCAACGAAGCACCAUUGCUCUCUGCUUCACAUGUCUGCUUUCCACAGUAAAGCACCUAGUGAGAAACCUGAAAGACCUCUGGUUAUAGGACACCAUCUUGUGGCAUGUGAAAUUAGCUAGGCCUUAAGAGGCCCUAGUAGCUUUACUUGGGUGUAUACGGAAAACCAGGGCGCCGGACACAGCAGGUAAUCUUAAGGGUGCAUAGCUUUUCAAAGUUAGUUAGAACAAGUUUGUAAACAUUUGCCUUCACUAAUGUAAAUGUCCGAUGCUGUAACAUGCCCUGGCUCCAUCCCAAUACAGCAGAGUGAUGUAGUUUCCACUGCUGGUGGUCUAGGUGCUGCUCAGAAAACAAUGUGAGCUUUAUAGAUAAUGGGAGUAAUUUUGAGGAUAAGGCUGGUAUCCAUGCAACUCAAGAAGGUGCUGCUCUCAUUUCUUGCAACAUAGCCCAUAGUCUCAGAACAGGCUUAGUUAAUUUGUAACAAUCUAGAGCCAAGGCAAGGGAGCAGACAAACAGGCUAACCUGACCAGCUGCUAGUUGCACAUAAUUAGGUUCCAUUAUAUUCAGACUGUUGGUUCCAAGCUAUACAAAAAGUAGAAAUUCAGUUGUUUACACAAAGCCUUAGUUGUUGGAUACUUUAAAAUAUUGUGUGAUAACCAGGAAGACCCCCUGAAAACAGCAUGUGUCCAUUCUAGAUUCAGUAGGUGUUAAUCAGAUCAUAGAACCCAUUCCUAAUGGUGGUCUCCCACUCAACAUUCAGGUUAAAUAUAGAAAAUAGUCACACUCCCACAGUCUGAAGCUCCCUCCAAAUCACUCAUCUUAUUUGAAACACAUCUGAACAAUGUAUGCACCUUGCCACACUACGGCAAACAUGCAUUGUCAACUGCUGCAAAGUAGUAUCACUAGUUUUCCAAAGUUAUCAACUUUGGAUUACUGUUAGGCCCAACAGAACUUGAUCAGGCAACUGAAUGCUUAAAUGUCAAAGUGCCAGUAUACUUUAUUUUUCUUGUAAGUAGAACUAUUAUCUAGAAGGGGGGAAAAAAACUAGCACACUGGUAUACCAAUUACACAUGCAUCUUAUCACUCAAUGUAAAUGGCAAACAAAAUUGGUAAUAUUCCAAUUAGCAUGGAAGCAGAGCCUCUUGAACUAUAGAAACUGUUCGUGUUGCUAGAUCAAUGUUAGUAGAUGCAAAAAUAAUCCUAGAUUAUUUACUGUAGUAAAAUUAACUAGGAAUAAGACCACCACAACCCUGCACACCUUUAUGUAGUGAUUUUUUUUUAAAUGGCAAAACUUAAUAGUAAGUUUGGCUUUUAAUUUAAAGCCAGACAAUAAGUAAACCUGUAGAUAAUAUAACUCAGAUCAGUGAUUAGUGUUUUACUCCCUUUAGAGAGGACUGAACUAACCCCCAGUUUCCUCUUCAACUCGUGUACUUGUUCCUUUACCCCCAUGAUUCUUCAAACAGAUGAUACCAGAAACAAUCAAACCUUCUAAAAAUGAUCACUACUUCCAUCAACACUGGCUAUGUACUGAAAUCCUUUAAACUAGAAGUCAAACCCCUGCUUACAAAACCUAACUUUGACCCAUCAGCCACCCAACUACAGGCCACUAUCAAACUUCUUUGGCUCAAAAGAUCCUAGAAAAAGCUGUGAGACAGAAGUUAUGCUCACACCUACAUAGGAAAAACAUCUAUGAAAUGUAUCAGCCAGGAUUUAGACCUCAUCAUAGCACUGAGACAGCAUUAGUUAAAAUAGUAAAUGACGACCUAGCAGCCUCUCCUUGCUUGUAUUGCUUGACCUUAGUGCAGUUUUUGACCAUAAUAUUCUCCUUGAUGGACUGGGGGGUAGAGUCAUUGCAGUUAAGGUAAUGGCCUUCUCCUAGCUCAGGUCAUUUAACUCAUCAGUUUACUGAUGUAAAUGGUGAUUUUUUUUUCUAAUGCACACCAAGGUAAAGUUUAGUUCCACAAGGUUCCGUCUUAAGCCUCCUACUUUUUUCCUUUCAUAAGCAUGGUAUUAGCGUUCACUGUUAUGCUGAUGACACACAGUUGUGUUUCAGCAAAGCCAGAAACGAGACAGCAGCUUAAUACAAUUGAGGAAUGAGUCAAGGACCUUAGACGCUGAAUACUUAAUGUACUUGUAUUAGGACCACAUGCACCUAGACAUGAGCUUUCUGAUUACACACCAACUCUGGCUGGCCUUUGUUUCUUAAUGUGCAGCAAUAAAAGACCUUGCUGUGAUUAUUGACUCCAGUCUUUCAUUUGAAACUGAUUUUAUAUAUUGGUAAUAUUUCUGAGAUGAAAGAAGGCUAUCCAAGUAAUGCCAUACCGUCGAUGUUCCAGUAGGUGCAUAAACAAGCUCCAGUUAAUACAAUACAGCAGUAAGAGUCCUAACCAGAAAACAUGACCAUUAAAUUUUGCACCAAUUAUAAAAUACUACUGUUGACCUAUAAAAGCACUGAAUGGUGUUGCACCAGUCCCUAAGUGAACUUCUGGUCUUUUAAUGACCUGCCACACCUACUUAGAUUAAAAGGUGCAGCCUCUUGCUUAGCUUAUUAGGUAAAGGAGCAAAUCUGGAGGGUUCUCAGGCAUCGUGUGUUUUGGUGAACUGGAAUGUAUGGAUGCUGUCAUUCUCUCACUCAGGUCUGUUGACUGUGUGGCUGGCCCCUUUCUGGCCUCAUGGCUGUGUUACUUCCUGGUUCUCCUUUUUAGUCAUGCUGGAGUCUCUGCUUUUACUCAGUGCAUCAUGUACACUGUUCUUAACCAUUAGAUGACAACAGGUAUACCCAACAAUCUGUGCAUGUCUCUCUCUCUCUCAUAUUACACGUCACUCCUGAGAAGUGAUGCUUGAGCCAUCCUUAUGCCCUACUUCUAGCUGAGGAUCUAUCACUUCACUCCUGUGGAGGAUGGCCCCAUAGGGGCAGCCUAAAGAUACACUUAGAAGAUGGCUCUGGCCACUUAAGCCCUUAUAGCAAAACUGUAGUCUUACUACAGUUGCCAUAAUUUUAAGACUAUAACAGUUGGUAACUUCAACCAGAGAUGUCAACAUACACGAUUUGGGCAUAGCGGCUAUGGAUUUGAAGUACAGUUAUGGUGCUACGUGUAGACCUGAAUAUAAUACAUUUUCAACCGGUUUUGCCUGUGUAUUGAUCAAAAACAUUUUUGGCAUUUGACCUGUGUAGGUCAUUGUUUACACCGAUUCGAAUAAUUCCAGAAGUGUAUUGCAUCCUUAUGUUUGCUGCGCUGUGAUUGGCUGAGAGGUGACCUGAUUCAUGCUCCUGGCCAAUCACAGCAUGUGUUAAAAGUACUCAGAAAUGCACAGUAGUGAGGCAGAGUCGUUUUCCUGGAAGCAAAUUGGAUUCGUUGAUCAUGUUCCAGAACUGAAACUGUUGAUUUCUCUUACAAAUUAGCGUUAGGUGUGAAACAAAGACGGACCAUGGAUUGUGAAGGAAUCUCCACUGAAAAAGGAGGCUAUGUGAACAGUAAUUUCUAGCUGAGUGGCUGUGUGUUGUACAGUCAAAAUUGGACCAAAAAAAAGUCACCAUGCCUACUGUACUCUGUGUAGAUGUGACUUCAGCACUAUGUAUAUUCCAAUGCAGAGUGUGAGCAAGUGUUCAGUCUUGUAAUCAGAAAAUCAGACUGAGUUCAAGCCAAACAUGAAGCCUGAGACUGAGCAGCCUGGUCACAUACAAGCAAUUCAUGAUUGCCAAAAGUUGAGCGUGCCACCACUAGUCAUACAACAGAAGUACACUGAAGAAAGCAAAGUCAGCUACAUACAACAAAUUAUCAAAGUAACUUCAUGUUCACUUUUAAUUAAAAUGUUGUAUGGAUGGGUAUCUUUCAGCAUUGACUCAAGUCCAAUAUUAGACUGGUGUACAGUUCAGGAAGUAAAUACAGUAUUAAUUUUGUUAUUGAAAGACCUAUACAUAAACCUUGUCUUUUACUCUGGCUUUUGUUGAUCAUGAUAACUACUGAACACAGUACAAGCUCAGUUAUCUGAACCCUUUUUACUUCAUUUAAGUGAGCCAAACUUUCUCCCAGAGAGUUUGGAUAAUUUAACUUUUACUGUACAGUAAAAACACUGCAUUUAUUUUCCUCAAAUAGUAGCUCAAAAAUGGCCUAGAUUGCAUCUCUGAGCUUCCCUGAAAUUUGGGUUUGAGAUGCUACUCUCGUUUGUCAAUGCUGGCAUCUCUGCUUCAACAAAAUAGACCAUGUCAAAACUAUAAAUUAAUUUCCUGAUUACACAAUUGCAUUUUUUUUUUUUAACUAUAUAAAAGACACACUUCUAGAAGCAAGCCAUUAAUAAACCCAUCCUCAUUUGGGUGAUGUGUGAUUUAUGUUAUGUUCUCAGAGUUUUUCCUUGCCACCAUCACCUCAGGCUUACUCAUUAGGGAUAAAUUUAAAUCAUGUUUAAAAUCUUUUUUUUUUUCUUUUUUAAAAAACAAAGCACCUUUACAGAUUGUCCAUUGUUAAAUGCACUAUACAAAUAAGUUGACUAUCUAAAAAUCAAGUAAUCAUGUGGCAGAAUUGCAACGCAUAAAAUCACGCAGAUACAGGCCAGCAACCUCAGGUAAUGUUCACAUCAACCAUCAUAUACACAGCUUUGUUACUUACCUUCAGCUCCUUGUGUGCCUGUGCACGUCUGUACAGGGCUUUAACAUUAGCUGGGUCCAGCUGAAGAGCCUCCUCGCAAUCCUUCACUGCUUCCUUAUACAUUUGUAGUGACAGAUAGCACAGAGCCCUAAGUGCACACAGACCGAACAGUAAUCUUGAACAUUACACCUAGGGUCAUACAGAGGUAAUAAACCCAUCUUCAAUCUUGGUUCAUAAAUCCAGCAUUGGGAAGCAAGUUUGACUGGUUUUUCCACAAAAUUUGUAGACAUUCCAACUAACAUGAGUGAAUAAACUGGAUUACACAUUCAAUUUUAACAAGAGACCCAAAAGCUUUACAGAAUUCUUGAUGUAUAUCCACGGUCUUCUGGGUGAUGCUGAAUAGCGAUAUAGUUAUAUUAAGAAAAUCAAACAGUACUAUGUUGAAAGGAUGUUUGAACAUAUUGUGAAUUAGUCUGGUUAUGAGCAAGGUGACGUUUUAAAACAUAAAAACUAGCAAUUUGUAGGAGGUCUGCAGGAUAAGAUUAUCCAUUCAUGCACAAGGAGUCUUGAGAACAACAGUGACGGAGGGUGAGGCAUGAGAUCAAACCUCAAAAACAUCCAUCCCACUUUACUAUAACUCCGUGUCCAUGAACUGAAAUUUGCACCUUUACCCGAGAGAAAGGCUAUUUAGCAAAAUGCCUGAACCUUGUGAUCAAAGCAGACAUAUUGAAUCCUAAAAAAGUAAUAUGCUCCAUCAGUGUCUCAUCAGUUGGUUUGGGCCAUUUGUUUGCAUGAUCUGGGUCUUUUAUUCUGUGGUCUUCAUUUGUGCCAAAUCUUAAUUAAACAAAACAACCCACAUGGAGAACAAAAUCCAUGCAGAGAACACAAAAUUCCACCCAGAAAAAUGCCUUAUAGAUUUAUUUUCUACAUUAUAUUUUAGGUAGCUAGAGUUAGCAAGCUAGCUGUAUGCAUCACUUCAGGCAAUAUGCAAAAGGAAAACCUCCUACCAUACACUAGAUGGUGCCAUGUUCGUGACCACCUGUUGUAGCAGCUUGCGUCCUCGUCGUUUUUGCACCUAGUUAAUUGUUGUAUCUAGUACGCUACCUGUCUUGUUUUAAACAUUGAUUGUCCAGUAGAAGAAAAAAAAAAAAAGAUGCUUUUUCCUCCCCCAAUGGUCUAGAUACUUUUGUUGCUCUUCUUUGCCCUCAGAUCACCUCAAAUGACUUGACAUCAUACUUGCAACUCAGCUGGCAUUACCUACACACGCAAUUGACUGUUGCAACCAGACAAAAGUUCUCAAUUCUGUAGGAGCCAAGGAGAUGAUGGUGGGGUUGCAGAGCCAUUGUUAAAAGAAUGAAGAUGGGGGGGGGGCACAUACAGUAGCUCUAAAGAUGCCCACAGUUCUACUGUCCUGCCUCCUCUUGGCAGAUCUGACCACAACUUAGUUCUGCUCAUACUAUGAUACAAGUCAGUUAUUCAGCAGCAACUAAUGACCGAGGAAAUGGGCCAUGACGAACAGCGCAUGGUGCCCUGGAAGCUACUGACUGGAAUGUCCUGUAUGAACUACAUGGUGAGAACACUGAUGGCAUAACAGACUGUGUCUCUGAGUACACUGGCUUCUGCAACAACUACUCAAUUCCCAUUAAACAAGUCCACUGCUACCCAAACAACAAUCCCUGGUUUACCAGCUACCUGAAGGCCCUACUCCACAAAAAGAAAAAGGCAUUCAUUCAGUACCGGAGGCCAGAUGGAGUGCAAUCCUGUACAGAGGGAACUAAAACAGAGACUGAAAGAGAGAGUAAAGACUACAACAGAAAAAUACUGGAGAAGAAACUGCAGAAGUUAGAUACUUUGUCCCCAUAGGGAAACUGUUCCUCAGUGAGUAAAACAUUGGUCUCCAGCAUGACCAUACAAGCAGCUUAAAAGACACUUCGACCAUUCAACACACAUGCACCAGUCAUAUCACAGUGUUAAUACUGCACUUAAUCCAAGAUAAUCAAGGCUAGAGAUGUCUGGAGUGGGAUAAGAGAGAGAACCUGCUUCUAGAGGAAAGGAGGAGGUGCAGCUAAAGGGACUCUUAAGUGGGCAAACAAGCUGAACCAUUCCCCCCCCAACAGGUUCAACUUUGCCCCUCAACCUUAAGCAGCCCCCAAACUAUCCCUCUGGACCUUGUCAUGUCCCCCACUCUCCAAGCUGGAUUUUACAUCAUGGCCAACCAGAUGAAGAGAAAGCUAGAGAGACUUCACCAGGGCAAGGCUGCUAGACCAGAUGGCAUCAGCCCCAAGUGCUGAAGGCAUGUACUGACCAGCUAUGUGGAGUACUCCAGCACCUUUUUAACAGGAGUCUGCACAUCAGGAGGGUUCCUGUGUUAUGGAGAUCAUCAUGCCGGGUGCCAAUGCCCAAGAAGGGGUGUCCUACAGGCCAACAGCAGUAACCUCUCACAUAAUGAAGCAGUUUGGCCUUUGUCAGAUCACCACCUGCUGGAAGUUAAUUGAGUUCAGAAAGAUCAUUAAGGUUGUUCUGCUGUGCAGUUAUACUUGAGGUUGCAGUUUGCAAAAACUUCUCUUUUACUGGCAUGGGAACAGUCGGGAUAGGAGGAAGCUUUUCUCGCCAAGAUGGUCCAUCCAUCUCCGUCAGUGCCUUUGUCAUUCUGAAGAUAAAUAAAAAUUAAUUUUGAGAAA